CCGAGUUUCAGUAGUUGUUUGAACAAUAAACUAUAUUAUACUUAACUCCUUGUUGUACCAAUUAACCGCUAUUCUGACAAAAUGCAAAUCGUAAGUUCCAAGCAGUAUGUAGUAAUGAGGUGCAUUCGGAGGGAUCGGCUAGACGAGUCCGCUUUUCGGAAUUUUGCGGGAGAAAAAAACAAAAAAAAAUCCAUCUUUCUACGAGAUCUGUCUUCUUUUCACUUCGGAAUUCCGAUUAAACCAGACCGUUAAUCUUUAUCGAUGAUUUUUCGUAACUGGUUGGCGUACUCGCAUCAAAUUAGGUUGCGUUCUUCUUCUGUUUUACUCGAAAUUAUCAAAAAGGUAUUUCGGACUCGUCUUGUUGUCGUUGUUGAGCCCUGCGAUUACGGGCACGUCACUAUGCGCAGUGCCCUUUUCCUUAAAUAAAAUACAAAUGUUCGCGUUCGUUUGCAGAUUUGGAUAUUCACUGUUGCUUGCGCCACCGUCACCCUGGCCGCUUACGUCCCGGAACCGGCGUACGGCCCAGCCCCGUACAAAUUCGAGUAUGCUGUCAACGAUCCGUACACCCACGACAUCAAGAGCCAAUCGGAAUACAGUGACGGUAACGGUUACGUCAAGGGUACCUACAGCCUGGUCGAACCCGACGGUUCCACCCGUGUCGUCGAGUACACCGCUGACGACCACAGCGGUUUCAACGCCGAGGUCAAGAAAAUCGAAGGUGGCUACAAGGCCCCGUACAGCGUCCCGGCCUACAAACCUUACUAGAAUUCGACCAACGGUGGUUUUCCUAUAGCGUUUCAAAACAUCGUCUCAAAACCAUCACUUCCAUAAUCAUCAUUUCGUCGUUCGCGGAUUUUCAUAUAUAUUUUUAUGAAACCGCGAACCAUCAUGUCAUCUAUGUUAUAUAUUUUCUUUUACCAAUAAAUAUGUGUUAUAUUAAUACGAA